CGCCGUAAACAGACAACAUGGCGGCGGCGGCGGCGGCGGCACCGGGGGCUCUGGGCGCCUGGCAGGCCGGCCGCGCCCGCCUGGUGGCCGCUUGCAGUGCGCCGCUCGGCCCUCGGUGGACGCUGCCCGGCUCCGUGACGGGCCAGCGGCUGGGGUCGGCCAUCUGGGCCCGGGGCUGGGCGCCCGCGGCCGGGGGGCUGCCCCUGCGGCGGGGCUACAGCUCCGAGGUGAAGACGGACGACGAGCUGCGGGUACGGUACCUGGAGGAGGAGAACCGAGGAAUUGUGGUGCUUGGAAUAAACAGAGCUCAUGCCAAAAAUUCAUUCAGUAAGAAUCUCGUUAAAAUGCUCUCAAAAGCUGUGGAUGCUUUAAAAUCUGAUAAGAAAGUACGGACUGUAAUAGUGAGGAGUGAAGUCCCAGGGAUAUUCUGUGCUGGUGCUGACCUUAAGGAAAGAGUCAAAAUGAAUUCUAGUGAAGUUGGCCCUUUUGUCUCAAAAAUAAGAGCAGUGAUUAAUGAAAUUGCGAACCUGCCAGUGCCGACAAUCGCUGCCCUCGAUGGACUCGCUUUAGGCGGUGGUCUGGAACUGGCAUUAGCAUGUGACAUCAGAGUGGCAGCUUCCUCUGCCAAAAUGGGCCUGGUUGAGACAAAGUUGGCGAUUAUUCCCGGUGGAGGGGGGACACAGCGCCUGCCGCGCGCCAUUGGGAUGUCCCUAGCCAAGGAGCUCAUCUUCUCUGCACGGGUGCUCGAUGGCCAAGAAGCCAAAGCAGUGGGCUUGGUCAGCCACGUCCUAGAGCAGAACCAGGAGGGUGAUGCUGCUUACAGAAAGGCCUUGGACCUGGCGAGAGAGUUCUUACCUCAGGGACCUGUUGCAAUGCGAGUGGCAAAAUUAGCAAUUAAUCAGGGGAUGGAGGUCGAUUUAGUAACAGGGUUGGCCAUAGAAGAAGCUUGUUAUGCUCAGACCAUUCCCACGAAGGACAGACUCGAAGGGCUUCUGGCUUUUAAGGAGAAAAGGUCCCCUCGCUAUAAGGGGGAGUAGACAGACAGCGAGCGGCCUGGGAAGUGCCGGUGCAACAUGUGCUUCCGGGAAUGGCUCAGCGCCUCAGCACCGUGGCCGGAGCGAGGAGCGGCGAGCCGGAGGCGCCCCUGGAGGCGACCCACGUGCACGUGUCCCACUGUGUAAUGCCACUCAGCCAGUGUAAGCUAGUGUCCCGUCGAAACAGAUCCAAACGUAGGUAGGCUUUUACAAUAUUUCCUGCAUAUGAAGCUUUCUGUUCUUAGUUUUUUAUGUGAAUAAUGUAUAUACUGCACUCCAGGGAUAAUGUUGAUUGUAAGUCUACUGUGCUGCAAUAUGAAAAUAAAAUUAUUUCUAUAGACCCAAAAUGAGAAGUUAUACAAGUAAAGUUUCUAAGGGAACAUACACACAUGCACACACACAUGCAUCUCACACUGAAAAAUGAAUGGAUAGAUAUUCUAAGUGAAAUUGAUCAGAUCUAAAUAAAAUUGGUGAAAAGUAAA